AUCUUGCAUGGAAAAAGCUUCCCAGGAUCUGGCUGGUGUAACUGUGGGGCAACCCUGCCUCUUUUCGUUUAAGGAAGGCUUAGACUGUGGCAUGUUAUCUGGGGGAGGAGGUGCAAGGAACAGCAGUAGCGGCAACUGGAAGGGACAGCACGAAGCCGGCAGCGAGUGCAUCCUGUCGGCAUGGGGAGGGUGGCAUGGGGAGAGGCUGAGAAUGGAGAAGGAGGAAUGAGAUCCAUGGUCUUUAAAGGAAAAACAACAGGAAACUAGGUUUGAAAAUAGAAAGAUUAAGCUGGAGGGGGUGGGAGAGACAAGAAAAGUAGGUGAAGAAAGAAGAGGGGGAAAGGCAGAGAGGCAGUGGGGAAGACAAAGUGACACAGAAAGGGGGUGGAGAAAAAGAGAAGAAGAGAGAGAGAACCAUAUUAAAGGAAUAAAACCAAGUAACUGAGAAGAACAAGGAGUCCAACUCAACUGCAGAAAGGAAAAGUGCUAAAGCAAGGAAAGGAGACAGAAGACAAAAUACUCAAAAUAAGAGGCUGUGUCCAAUUCUCCCUUCAACACUUCUCACCCCUCCUGGUGAGCAGAAAUGGGGGACUGGAGUUUCCUGGGAGAGUUCCUCGAGGAGGUCCACAAACACUCCACAGUGGUGGGGAAAGUCUGGCUGACAGUGCUCUUCAUCUUCCGGAUGCUGGUGCUGGGUACAGCAGCUGAGUCCUCCUGGGGGGACGAGCAGUCUGACUUCAUGUGCGACACCCAGCAGCCUGGCUGUGAGAAUGUCUGCUAUGACAAGGCUUUCCCCAUCUCCCAUGUCCGGUUUUGGGUCCUCCAGAUCAUCUUUGUCUCCACCCCAUCUCUAGUAUACAUGGGCCACGCAAUGCACACCGUGCGCAUGGAGGAGAAGAGGAAGAUGAAGGAGGCAGAAAUAGAAGCCCGUGAGAUGAAAAACAACGGUGACACAUACUACCAGCAGAAGUGCCCCGUGGCAGAGAAGGCUGAGCUGUCUUGCUGGGAUGAAUCAGGAGGCAAAAUCAUACUCAGGGGCAGUCUGCUGAACACCUACGUCUACAGCAUUUUGAUUCGCACUGCCAUGGAAGUGGCCUUCAUUGUGGGACAGUACAUCUUGUACGGGAUCUUCCUGGAGACCCUGUAUAUCUGCCAGCGGGCACCUUGCCCCCACCCUGUCAACUGCUACGUUUCCCGUCCCACAGAGAAGAACGUGUUCAUCGUCUUCAUGCUGGCUGUGGCAGUGCUCUCCCUAUUCCUCAGUCUGGCUGAGUUGUACCACUUGGGCUGGAAGAAAGCCAAAGAGAGGUGCUCCCGGUCUUACAAACCCAGCCCCAGCACAGCCCCCGGCAGAUUGGAGUCUGCCCCGCAAGUGGAAAGGGCCCAGAUGUACACACCUCCACCAGAUUUUAACCAGUGCUUGUCAAGUCCCAACGGGAAGUUCAUCAGCCCCUUCAGCAACAAGACGGCCUCCCAGCAGAACACCGCCAACUUCGCCACCGAGAGAGUCCAUGGCCAGGAGGAUGCCGCUGGUGAAGGGCCCUUCAUUAAGUCCAGCUACGUGGAGAGUCCAGAGGUGGCCAACGAAUGUGCGGCACCCGCCUUCCCCGAGAACUACUUCAAUGAGAAACGCCGGUUCAGCAAGACCAGCCGUGCCAGCAGCAAGGCAAGGUCAGAUGAUUUGUCUGUGUGACCUGUCUCCAGGAGGGAUGAGGAGAAGGAGCAGUCUUAGCACUUAGUAAAACUUCUGCAAAGCGGACUCCAGUCUCUUGCCACUAAGCUCUCUCUCUUUUAACACCCUCUUGCUCCUUUUCAGUGAACGUCAUUGUUAUAUUGCAGACAGCACCUCUCACAGCUUAAGGCAGGGACAGCCACUGGGAGACACGCAUGGAAGAGAAGCACCAAUCUCAAGAUGUGAAGCUCUCGGUCAUAUUUUCAUCAUGGGACCCACAGGGAUUGGAGACUUACCAUCUUUAGCCUGGUAGAGCACAGGCCAGCAGACUCCUGAGGCUGCCCAGCAGGUAUCCACCGCGACACUGUAUUCAACAGACUGACUGGACCUCAACCCCCUUGCAUCUUCUUUGAUGUCUAUUCAAUGUUCUCUACAUCAGCUUGGCAAUUAUACUGAGCUGAAGCUUCUCUCACCUGCAGGGAGCAGAAACACACCAGCAGGCUUUCUGAAAGACUUUCUCAUCUGCUUUGUUCUCGCUCUUUCUAACUGUCCCUUUCUCUACCUGAGCCCAGAUAUUUUAUACCAGUUUACCUAUAAAAUAAACCCUACUUGAAUUUUUUGACACUGUGUAUAGAACUCUUCCCCACAAAUAAGGACGUCCAUGGUUCCCCAUGCACAGCUGCCUCAUGUCCAACAUUGGAAUCCGUUCCUCAUUCCUAAGUCAGCGCAGAAGACUGGCCCCAGGGAUGUCGCUUAGAUGACCAGUUGAUGAAGACUAGGGAAUUUUCCCAAGAUACUUAUGUCAUCAAUUCUAAGCAAGACAUCCAUUAACAGAAAUAGAGACUCUCCUGUGAGAACAGAUAUCUUACUAGUAAAAGAGACGAAUUAUCAUGUGGAAACAAAGUGGUUUUCCCUUUUAAAACUCAUUUUUCAAGCAACCUGAAUGCUGCUGAAAGGGUGCUGCCAGCAGCCCACUUGAGAGAAAAACAUCCUCUGUGUAUCUGCAGAAGAGGUACGGCCUGUGUCUUCUUCUCACUAACCCACCAAAACACUUCAGCAUCUUUUGCAAGGAGCAAGAGUCCUCUCCGGGUCCUGCACAACAUUCAGCUCUUGGCUGCUCUCUCAAGCCUGCCAGCCAGUGCAAGCCAAGAUAUUUUUCCUUGCAGCAAGUCCCUGUUCUGCCAUCAGGUCACCUUCAUCUCCACUCCAUCCCUAGCACAUACGGCAUAAGAAACCACCCAUGGACCAGCUCUUUCCACCACUGUAGCCUCUCAGAGAAGCCAUUGGGGCCCAACACUGCAGUCUGGUGGCUGAGGUCUGUAGGCAGCUCCCACUCUAGGUAUGUUUUCUCAGUGCAGGGCUGACAUCCCUCUUUUAAAGAGAUUUGCUAAACAGAGCUAAGCUGCUCCCCGUUGUUUACCCUGCGCUGCCUUUUUUGGACACAGGCCACAGCUUCCCAAUAUUGGACUGCAUGAGCGAAUGGCCGGGGACCAGCUGAUGAGGGGACUGAGCCAUUCCCUCUCCUAGGGCCACUGAAAGGGAUUGUGAAUCCUUGCUCCUGAUACAUAGGUAGCUUUGGUACAGUUCCCUGGACAUAUACAUACAUAUUCACACACACAGAGGGGGAAAACCAAUUUUUGUUUGUAAGGUGUUUUAUAUACAUGUAUUUCUUAAUAGUUAAUUGUGCCUAGGUUUCUCCUAAUAAAGUUCUAACUCCA